AUGUCUUACGACUCUUACGCUGAUACUAGGUUGGUUUUUCGUUAUUCUGUGAUGGAUUUCUCUUCUCAGCCCUUUCAUCUGUUGCAGUAUAAGUUCAGGCGCAAUUUAGCUGCUAUAAUUUAAAUGAAGAAGCUAGCUUAGGAUGCAUAACGAUGAGAGGAAAUUGCGUCUUCAAAUUGUAAUUUUUCGCCACCGACCGCCAUUUUGAACCACGUGUUUCAGUCGGCUGGUGAGCAUUUUUCUUGCGUAACUCUUAUGAUUCUUCUCUUAUGGUGUCUGAAAAUUUUUCAUAGAAAUCCUGACUCCGACCGGGGUCGUGACGAGCAAAAUGGUCCACCAGGAAUGGAACAGGACGGAGAUAUCGAGGUUCGUUCAAAGUCUAACAUGUGUGAAACAAAGCUGAAUUUUUUUGUCUUUCGUGUUUCAUGCUUUUGAGUAAAUUUUAUUGUCAAUUUCUUACAGUUCUAUUUUUUUUAUACUUCAGACUAACUGGAACGAAGUUGUUGACAAAUUUGAUAACAUGGGCCUGAAAGAAAAUUUACUCCGAGGCAUCUAUGCUUACGGGUGAGUGUCUACUUUGCCAACAACUGCUCGAUUCAAUUCAUUAUAGACGAAUAGAUCUUCGUUGAAUUAAAUCAAGCAUUAGCGUAAACCUAACAUCAACGACAUUUUUACGAUUUCAGGUUUGAAAAACCUUCAGCAAUUCAACAGAGAGCUAUCAUACCUUGUUGUAAAGGUUAGUGUCAUACGUUCAUCCUGAUCAAAGCAGUAUUUUAUGAUCAGUUUUAACUGUAAUAAAUAACUUAUGGAGGAUCGGGGUUCACUACUGUCCUUUUGUGCUCAGUAUUCCUUGGAGUGAAAAAAAUUAUGAUCAACCAUCACUUGCACAGUGUUAUCUUUUAAAAAUUUAUCACACUGAAUUGUUAGUGGAAACGCUGUGAAAAGAGAAAUCCAAUGCUUAGGUAAAGGUAAGUCAGUGGAUUAAUUUUGAAAAGCGCAAUAGUCUUUCUUAGCAUUUUGUCGCUUUGUUGUAGAAAUCUUUGUCUUGUCGCUGAAAAUGUGGAGGUUAAUUUUUUUCCAAAAGAUGUAUAUUUAACUAGUACAUAGGAGCGCACAAGUGCGCGAUGUGAUUCGUGAAGUAAAAUGUUAAGAAUUAAAUAAUGGGCAAUUUCGACUUACAGUCAACUGACUGGUGAAAGUUCUCUGAAAAUAAGUUUCGUAUUUCAGUAACAAUUGAACAUCAAGUUUUCAAAAAGACUUUUUGAAUUAGUUAUUUUGGGGUAAGCCCCAAACCAGAUCAUUUCUGUAAAUCAGCAUAGAAUACAACUUUGAAUUGCUCCUUCUUGAUCACGACAGUGACCACUUUUCACCAAACAUACGAAUGUAUGAAGGGGUGAUAAAUUGCAACAUGUUGAAACUCAGAUUCUUCUACAUUCUAUUCUUGGUAGUCAACAUGGUGCAGCAUUUGGUUAAUGAUCAAGACUUUGGGUAGAACGUGUAACAUUUUGAAACUUGUCUUCUGUCUAUAUGAAUUUGCAAGUUUAAAUGUGUAUUGCACUGUGAAUUGGGAACAUUUUUGUUUAAGGGGGAAAAAUUUGGAACAUGUUUGUAGUCUAGGUGCAAAGCUGUAAGUCUUAAUGUGCAGUGAUUGGUAGUAUGAUCAGGUAUUUGGGUGGAUAGCCUAAACAAAUUACAGAUGUGAAACUGUGAGUAUGUGCAGUGUUCCGCAACAUUAGCAGUUUCGUGGUGGAUUGUAUCUAGUUGUAAAGCAUAUUUUUAGGCUGGAUGUAAACCUUUUGAAUCAAAAAUUGGGUUUCAGUGAAAUGAUUGGAUUCUUUGGUGGAUUUGUAACAUUCUGAAACAUGUAAUUAGUCUAGAUGUGAUCCUGCUUGUGGAAAUGUACAGUGUUCAGUAUUGAUUCCCUGAAACAUGUAUAAAUCUAGAUCUCAUGCAACUGAUUUUUCAAGUGAAAGUGAAAACAAACCACCUGUUUUGGAAAUUUGAAAGAUUGCUUACAUUAGGCAUAAAACUUUCUGUGGCCUUUGUGGUGGAAAUGUUAUAUUGAAACAAUCUCAACAUUGCAAAGCAAAUAGGCUAUUAGUAGAGAGGCUGGAAAUUCUAAUGGUUAUUGCAGCCUUAGUGUUACCUGUGUUGAAGUUUCUUGAAUGUGCUCUACAAUGAAUAAGGCAUAGAAAUCUGAGUUUUCUUUUCAAAGCAAAUUAUGGGCUUAUCUUUAUCAGCUGUUAAAUGGCCCUAUUUUUCAGUAUAGACAGUCAUGGGACUCUUGCUUACAAAAUAAUAGUAGGAAUCCUUCAAAGAAAGAACCCUAUCCAAAUAUACAAGAUAAGGAUUAUUUUUAACCAGAAUUUGGUGUUUGAUCAAGAUAACAACUUUUACUGGAUAAGUUUGUGUAUUCUCAUUACCUGUUUGCUAGAUUGCAAGAUAGUGUCUAGAAAUUAUAGGAAGAAGCUACACGUUAGUUAAUUCUGGGAGUAAAAGGGUUAAAAGCAAAUUUUCCUUUGAUGAAGUGUAGUUUAGUGCUCGUAUGAAGCAUGAGAAAUACUUACAAUGCACUAAUAGAGAGUCAUCAAAACACAAAGGAGUGUCACUUUUUAUCAGAGGGUUACCAAAACAUUAAGGGGUGUCACUUUUUGCCUAUUUUAAAUCUGGGCCACCGUUGGCUUUCUCUCAUCUUGAUGCUAACAAAGGAAGAGUAUUGAGGGGGGGCGUUGGUCUUGAGACUUCUCAUGAAAGAUAAAGUGUACCUUGUUUGUGCAUCAGUUAGCUUGCAGAGAUAAUGUAUUCAUGGGUUGCAUAUUGAUGUCUUGUUUUCUAGGACUUGAUGUUAUUGCACAAGCCCAGUCUGGUACUGGAAAAACAGCCACAUUCUCCAUUUCAAUCUUGCAGCAGAUUGAUGUGUCUUUACUGGAAUGUCAGGCUCUUGUGUUGGCACCAACCAGGGAGUUAGCACAGCAGGUAUAAAAUCAAAUCACUGUUACAUGAUUGUUUAUGGUUUUGUGGUUGGGGAAGCACUUUCCUUUUGUAAGAAAUUGUUGAAGGGAAUGUCACAAACUAAACUUUACAUGGAGGUGGUAAUAUUGUGUCUGUUUUGUUUUUGUUUGUUUUUUAAAUUUCAAAAUUAGGAACUGACUUUUGCAAAUGAUCUCUCAAAGGUUCUAUUCAUUCAACAGAACAAUAAAAGUGAACAGCAAUUAUUCUUGCCUGUUUUUUUAAUUGAAGUUAUGAUUUUUUUUCAUGUGUCACUUCAGAAGUUAUGUUGUGUUUCUUUUGUACCAACCAUUGCUCUCUGCAGCUUGUUUUGGGUAUUAAGACAUUCAUAAACUUCUCCAGAUUUAACAGGAAGUUUCUUUUAGGGACAUAAAAUUCGAGGAACAUUUAUUUUUUUUCUUUUAGUUGCUGAUACAAUUGUUGAUAAAUCAACCCAGCAACAGUAAUUUCAGUAAUUCAUUCAUUGUGUUUACAGAUUCAAAAGGUUGUAGUUGCCCUUGGUGAUUACAUGGAUGCCAGAUGCCAUGCCUGUAUUGGUGGAACCAGUGUCCAUGAAGACAUUGUGGCUUUAAAAGAUAAAAGCAAAGGUGUGCACUCUGUUGUUGGAACCCCUGGCAGAGUGUUUGACUUGAUCAACAGAAGUCACCUGAGUAAGUCCUAAAUUGCUAGCAUCAAAACUUGGUACCUUUAUUCAAAUUAGCUGACAUUUAGAUGGACAAUAAAUACAUGUAUUUCUAACCUUAUGAUUUGAGAAAGUAACUUAAACUAGUACAAACUUUGUUUUGGGCCAAAUAACCAAAAAAAUGUCCUUGUUAUGUGCAAGACUAGUAUCUCAUUUAUGAGAGUAGAACUUGGUCCUUUUCACAGUCUCUUUGGGAAGAAAAGUUUUGUUCAGAGGAAGAUGUUUUUUUGUCUUGUUACUCGACAGAAAAAAAACAUCUCUCUCUAUUUCUUUACCAAGCUCAAAACUUACCCUCUUUCUUAUUCUAUUUACAAAACAUGACAUUAGCAACAUUGCUGAUCCUAGCAGUACUCAGUACAUAUACCAUAUUUGAACCUCAUCAUGGACCUUGCUCAUCAUAGAGUCUCUGUGGCUCAGUGGUAGAGCAUCAGAGUGCAGGAUCUGAUGGUCUGAGGUUCAAUUCCUUAUAGGGGCUCAGAAUUUUUUCUUUGUCCCAUGCUUGUAUAAGAUGAAAAAAACAUCCUUCUCUGUUGCUUUACCAAGCUCAAAAACUUACCAUCUUUUUUUUAUUCUAUUUACAAAUCUUUUUUUUUUGGUAUGACAUAAUGGCACGAACCUCCAUCAAGUUGGACUUCAAAUAAUUUGUUGUGAUAGAGCAAAAUUUUUGUUUUUCAGAUACAGACAAAAUCAAAAUAUUUGUCUUAGAUGAGGCUGAUGAAAUGUUGUCAAGAGGAUUUAAAGAUCAGAUAUAUGAUAUUUUUAGGAAAUUGCCCACUAGUGUGCAGGUAUGAUAAAUGAAAAAAAGUGUCAACAUUUGGUCACCUAUCUGUAACCAUUUCCCUCCACCUUGCUACUUGCUGAAUUUGAUCUUGGUUGCCCCUAGUUCAACUCUGUGGCUGUGCUUUACAUAUAUCUGACUGGUCUGCUUCCUGCUAGCUAAGAGUUUUUAAAAACUCUGUUAAUUCAUUGGUAUUGGCCUAGAAAAGCCCCAUUGGGGGAAUGGUCAUUUAACCCUUAAACCAGUAAGAGUGACCUCCAUUUAUUUUUUCCCUGCAAUAUUGCCUUUGAAUCAAACUUUAAAGAAACAAAAGUAAAAGAAAUGAUCACCAACAAGUUUGAGUAUUCUUAUCAUCUGUUUGCUGGAUAAUGUAUGCAGGGCAUGAAAUUAACUUUUUUUUCUGAUAGCCACUUGGCUCCUAAAUUCUUCAAAGUGGUAGCCAAUUCAAAAAAAGUUAGUCGCCAUUUUCAAAGACAAACAAAAUCUUUCUUUACGCUGUCAGCGUUCUAGAUAGACCCUCCAAAAUUAAGUUAGGAAAGGUCUUUAACAUGCUACAAAGUGGACACUAGGAUGGAUGAUAUACAACGUUCAGGCUCAUCUAAAUCCAAGAUGGCAUCUAGUUAUCGAUCGAGAUGCAUGUGCUACGUUUUGGAAACAAACUUAAAGAGGAAGUUUGCCGCGGAUUUAUCUUUGCAAAUCUUUUUAAUUCACUAUAUCUCUUGGUAAGGUUAUGAUGAAAUGUUCUAGUCGCCAAUUUGGCGUCUAACUUUCAGGAUUUGGUUGCCAAAGUGAAAAAUUUAGGUGCAUUGGCGCCUGUAUUAGGUGCAAUUUCACGCCCAGGUAUGGAUAUCAUAGGGAGAAGUUACAUGUUAAUCACCUCUAGGAUUCAAAGGGUUAAGUAUACAUACAUACAUGUAUCAGACACUGUGUCACAUUACUGAAGAAUCCUAUCAACAUUAUGUACCUUCUUACCUUUGUCCGUGAUAUCUGAAAGCUAAUUGGAUAGGGGGAUUUUACUUUCUGUCCAAAACUUAAACUUUGUUCUGAUUAUGCUUUUCAGGUUAUUUUGCUAUCAGCAACAAUGCCCAGAGAUGUGUUGGAUGUGACUUGUAAAUUCAUGCGUGAUCCAAUCAGAAUCUUAGUGAAGAAAGAAGAGUUGACCCUUGAAGGUAUCAAGCAGUUUUUUGUCCUGGUGGAAAAAGAAGUAAGUUGUCACUGUCUUGGUGUAUUGCACAAUUGGGAAUUCCCUACACCUGCACCCAAGAAAUUGUUUUGGUAACACUACCUUUUGGUUGUUUUGUGUUUGCAUUGCUUUGUUGCUAGGUCAUUUUGAGUGGAAGAAAUAAAUUUUAAAAAUGAAAAGUGCAUUGUCUUGUUUGCAAGCACCACUUGUCUUUGUUUUUUUCUUGCAUUGUAUUUUUUUUCUAGAUUCUGUCUUUUUUCCCCUAAUUGUUUCUUUCUUUACUUUUCCUUAUUAGGAGUGGAAGCUUGAAACACUUUGUGACUUGUAUGAGACACUGACAAUCACCCAGGCUGUGAUUUUCCUCAACACGAGAAGGAAAGUUGAUUGGCUGCAACAGAGGAUGAGUGAGAAGGAUUUUACUGUCUCCUCUAUGGUAUGUCCUUGGUAAUCACUGGGCUUUGUGUUUUGCUCCUUUAGGGUAACAGGUAAUUGCAUAGUGCUCCUCUGCAGCACAAUGAUGUGGUGAAGAAAGAGCAGUUGUAGCUUCAGGAAACAGUAUAAGCUGAGCUUUGGUGGUCUGAGCCAUUUUAUUUGUGUAAAGAUUUCCACAUUGACCUAGUGUCAUGCCAAUUCUGUUAAUAAAUUUCUCAUGUGUUUGUGUUUAGCAUGGUGACAUGGACCAGAAGGAGAGAGAUGUGAUCAUGAAGGAGUUCCGUUCUGGUUCUAGUCGAGUGCUUAUCACCACAGACUUGUUGGUAAGUACUUACUGAUAUUGUUUAAAAUGAGAAUAAAAUUUUUUUUCCAAGAUUUCACCAGAUUCAAGUGCUAAUGAAGUGAUGUAAUUUCAUUCUUAUCUCAGGCACGCGGUAUUGAUGUACAGCAAGUCUCAUUGGUUAUCAACUAUGACUUGCCUGGAAACCGUGAGAACUAUAUUCAUAGGUGGGUUACUUUUAGCAUAAUAGUUGAAUUUUUUUGCAUUUUUGAUUGGUUUGUUAGCUUUGACAUGGUGAGUGUUUAUGUGAACACCUCUGAACUACUUGAUACCUGAAGUUGGUUUUAUUAAAAGGGACCAUAUUAUAGUCUGUUAUCCAUAGAUAUCCCACCUACAUUUUUCAAGUUUGGACUUUGCAAUCUAUGAUAAUCCUCUAUAUCUUUGAGAAACUUGUCUGUGGGGUCAAAGUUGCCUCUUAAUUUUGGUGUCCAAACUCGCCUUGAAGAUAAUUGUUGUAUUGUAGGAACUUUUGAUAGGAAACAAAAGAGAAAAAUGUACCUUGAAAUGUUCUCUGUCCCCUUACGAGACAUGUUUUUUGGCAUAUUGGAUAUUUCUCCUGGCAGAGUCCAUGAAGCUCUCACAAAAAGAAGUAGUCUUUUGACACACACAGACCAAGCAAGGGUCUGUGUAACGUUGUUGUCUUAACAUAUGUUAGUGUGUAACUAAACCCUAAGCGGAAAAACGGCCACCUCAAAUGCCUUUUCCAUCAUUGGGCUCACCACUCAAUAGAUAUAUUUUUUCUAUCAACGUUUUACUGCAUUUCUCACCUUAGCAAUCAGAAUUCAAAUGAAGUUAUCUAGUUUUAUUACACAAUUCUCUUUCAGGAUUGGUCGUGGCGGCCGUUUUGGUCGUAAAGGCGUCGCCAUCAACUUUGUGACCAAUGAAGAUAUUCGUACAUUACGCGAUAUUGAAACAUUCUACAACACACAGAUUGAAGAAAUGCCAAUGAAUGUGGCCGAUCUUAUCUGAGAUGCCCAGUCGUCAUUUAAUGCAACUAACAAAUUGAAUAACAGCGCUUUGCUCAAACAAAAGAAGGAAAAAAAUCGCAAAAGUCUCAAACCAAAAAAAGUAAUGAUCACCAUAUCGUACUGACCAGAAAGGUGCGAAACCUCCGGAUAUGUCAUAUUAAAUAAAACUUAUUGGUUUUCAACGAAUUUUGAAAAAUAUAUUAUUUUUUGUUUGUUUAUCCGUGCGUUUGUGUGCAACUUGAUAGAAUGCAGAUGCCGAAUCCAACACGCUUAUACUAGUUUUGGAUUAAAAUAGAAAAAAGAGAAAAACUUGUAUUUAAUUUUUAGACUUGUGGGGUUUGACAUCUGCUGUAUUUGCUGUCUCUGCCUGUAUGGUGUAUCAGCUUUGUAUGGUUACCUAAAUUGGUUCUUACAUUUUAUGUAUAAGGAACAGAAUGCAGGAUAUGCACAUAUGGUGCUCUUGUUCCUUCCUGGUCAAUAAAUGUUCCUAAGUUCAGGUAAUUUUUGGUGAUUUUUGUUUACCACGUCGUUCUUCCAGUUUUGAGACUAAUUAUCUAAGAUUUGAGCUGGUAAAUGGUUGCCACAUGACUAACCUGUCGUCAAAAUGCUGAGCGCUCAGUAAACCUAUCUGAGACUAUUAAACUACCUAUUUCAUGUAACAGCCCCCUACCCUCUCUCCCUUAAUACAGAUCUAGUUCGGUUUGGGAGUUGAAAAUUCUCCCAUAUUUUCAACAGGACAUUGGCACGCGCGAUGCCUGGUCAUUGUCACGAAUCACCUCAACUCAGCCAUUCUCUUCGAGGGGUUUAAAUAUUCGAGAACGGGAGUCAUGUAGUCAUGUCAGAGUUUGUUAGAGUUUGGCGAGUUAGGUCGUUUCGAAACAAUAGUUAUAAGUGAUAGGCGAACAGUGCUCCAUCUCUCUAGAGAUUUGCCAUGAAUCCCGAGGGAGCCCCAGCCGGGACUCCGACGUGAUGGCGACAAUCUAACGGCGUUAAAACCUAUACUAAUGUCUCGACGAGAAAUACUGUUGCACGUCACGAUACUGUAGAUUAAAGUGAAUUUAACACACUGACGAAUCUUAGAGUACCCCAGUAAAGGUUAAGGAUUCCACUGGAAGUUUCUCAAGUUCCCAGAAAAUCUACGCUUAAACAUGCCUGCCGUAAAGAGAGUGGUCACCCCAAUAUUGAACAGGAAUUCACUAACUUGGGCUCCGUCUCGCACCACCUUAAAUCACUUAAGAAAAAGUAUCCUUUAGCGCUAGUCGCUUAAAAAAUUGUACUACGUCAAUAUGCCUACAAAAAUAACAUCAACCGAA